UCCCGCCUCAGAUUAUGACAGGUGAACCAUACAGCAGAGCAUGAGUGCUAGGACCAAAAGGACUGGGUUAUGGUCACUUGGGGGUCCCAGGUCUUGUCCUAGGGCACAAAAGGGACCUCUGCUCUGGGCUGAGCCCUAGGUUCAUGCCAGUCCCUGUAGGGCGAAUAGAAGAGAACACGUCUUCCCCAUCUGAUCUGUGCUUGAGUAAACCCAGACUUCGUCCCUAAGCCCUGUGAGCCUCAGCGCCAAGGAGUUCAAGGUCACUAGGGGGCAGAAGGAGCUCCAGCCAGCUGUGCCCAUGCAUGAGCAAGAGGCCCUCAGGACUGGCAUGGGAAGCAAUCUGGGGCUUGGGUGACUCCACAUGGCGACAUCCUGUGAUGAGACAGGACUCCAGGCGUUCUCUAUUUGAACUCUCAUGUUCCAGGUCCUUAUGAACAGAAAACUAGUUUCUUGAACGGAUUUCACUUUUUCGAAAGUUAGGCACGGGCCGUAGGCCAUUUGUGCUCAAUCGCUGGCUCUAGAAUGUUAGCACUGGCCUACCAGCCUGUUUCAGGAGGCGCGUCCCAUCUCGGCCAGGUGCGGAGACAGUAGCUUUGUGGCCCUAGGUUGUUCUCUCCGGAAAUGGCCCCUGGGGCUCUCGCGCUGCUGUUGUUGCUGGAUCUGCUGCUGUUGCUGCCGCCACCACUUCCAGGGCUUCCGCCUCGAGUCACCGGCUGUCCUGCUGCGUGCCGCUGCUACAGCGCCACGGUGGAGUGCGGCGCCCUGAGGCUGCGCGUCGUCCCGCCGGGGAUCCCCCCAGGGACGCAGACGCUGUUUCUGCAGGACAACAGUAUCGCGCGCCUAGAGCCUAGCGCCCUAGCGCCGCUCGCUGCCCUGCGCCAUCUCUACCUGCACAACAACAGCCUGCGUGCUCUGGAGUCCGGAGCCUUCCGCGCGCAGCCGCGCCUGCUGGAGCUCGCGCUCACCGGCAACCGGUUGCGCGGCUUGCGCGGAGGCGCAUUUAUGGGCUUGGUCCAGCUGCGCGUACUCUACCUGGCCGGCAACCAGCUGGCACGGCUGCUGGAUUUCACCUUCCUGCACCUUCCGCGACUGCAGGAGCUGCAUCUGCAAGAAAACAGCAUUGAACUACUGGAGGACCAGGCUCUGGCUGGGCUCUCCUCUCUGGCCUUACUGGACCUCAGCAGGAACCACUUGGGCACCAUCAGCCAAGAGACUCUGCAGCCCCUGGCCAGCCUGCAAGUCCUGCGCCUUACGGAGAACCCAUGGCGCUGUGAUUGUGCCCUUCACUGGCUGGGCGCUUGGAUCAAGGAGGGGGGCCAGCGGCUGCUCAGUGCCAGGGACAAGAAGAUCACGUGUGCAGAGCCCCCACGCCUGGCGCUGCGGAGCCUCCUGGAUGUAUCUGGCAGUAGCCUCAUCUGCAUUCCACCCUCCGUGCAUGUGGAGCCUCUGGAGCUGACAGCCAAUCUGGGCGAAGACCUGCGGGUGGCCUGCCAGGCCUCGGGCUACCCGCAGCCCCUAGUGACCUGGAGGAAAGUGUCCCAGCCUCGUGAGGUUCGGCCACAGGCCCAAGCCCAGCUAAAAGGCGGCGCAGCUGGCCUGGGAGGGCCCGCGGCUCGGGAUACGGGCAGCGGCAUGCUCUUCCUCACCAACAUUACGCUGGCGCACGCAGGCAAGUAUGAGUGCGAGGCCGCCAACGCCGGCGGCGCUGCGCGCGUGCCCUUCCGACUCCUGGUCAACGCGUCCCGCCAGCAGUCGCAGCAGCCGCCGGCCCCGCCAGCCCCUGCCGCGCGCCCCGCCGGACGCGAGCCUCAGCCCGAGGCGGGCAGUAUGGCCUUCCGCGCCUUGGGCCUGGCCACGCAGACGGCCAUAGCGGCGGCCAUCGCGCUGCUGGCGCUCACAGCACUGCUUUUGGCCGCUAUGAUCUGCCGCCGGCGACGGCGGCGGAAAAAGGCGCGCGCGCCCCCAGGGGAAGGCGCGCUGUUUGUCAACGACUACUCCGACGGGCCCUGCACCUUCGCGCAGCUGGAGGAGCUCCGCGACGAGCGCGGCCACGAGAUGUUCGUCAUCGACCGCUCCAAGCCCCUGUUCGCCGACGUUCCGGCGGAGGCUCCCGCGGACCGCAGCCCGGCCGAAGGGGCAAGGCCUGGGCUCCGCCUUCCACCUCGCGUAGCCUACGAGAUCCAUUGCUGAAGUCGCUCCAAUGACGUGGGCGCCGGGGAUUGGCCGGCGCGACCGCGUGCAAGCUGGUCAGUAAAGGUGGAAGCUGCGCUUAAGCGCUGA